GUACGCUGCCACUAGGAAAUAUGAUAACAAAGAACUGGAAGCGCUUCGUGGCCCAGGUAGCUAUUUGACUGAGAUAGCCAUGCCUGUGAACGUCCUUCUUUGUUUUAUCAUAUUUUUCCGAAAAGCUAAUGUGUAUUCUGCCUACACGACGCCAUUGAUUGACUUCUGGGGCCUGUGGUGA